CGCCCGCAGCAUGGCCAGCCCGGCGCCGCGGGUGGACUACCUGGCGGCCUUCCGCUGCCCGCUCGGGGGCCCGGCGGCGGGCAAGCCGCACGUGCUGUGCCGCGGGGCCGAGCUCUUCGUGUCCACCGGGCGCGAGCUGGUCUACGUGUACGACCAGGAGGGGCGGCUGCUGACCGCCGCGUACCGGCUCCCCGGGCAGGUGUGGCACCUGGAGCUGUCGCGCCCCCGCAGGACGCUCUACGUGCUGUGCGCCCGCAAGGGCAUCUACGGCUUGGCGCUGGGCCAGGCGAGCAGGUCCGUGAGCCAAGGUGACGGGGAGGACAGGGACAGCGAGGACAGUGCGAACGGUGAGCCCCCUUGCACCGUGAUCCCCGUGGACCCGGAGGCCUGCAUCCUCCCCAACACCACUCUGUGUGCUUUCACCGUGGUCGACAACAUGCUUGUCACCCUGGUACAAGGCCCUGCCCGGUGGAAGGUACAGCUGUUUGAGUGUCCCCGUCCAGGGAAUGACGCUAGACCCGGAGGCCAAGUCGGCGAGGUGGAGUUGUCCACCUCCAGCCCCCUGGCUGGGACCCUUGGGGAGCCCGCAGCCCCUCGCUCCCUGCCGGUGCUGUGCUGCGUGUCACCGCCGGGUAGCAGCGCGCUGCACGGCCACGUGCGGGGCUCCGGGGGCUUCACGCUGGAACAGGCCCUCUUUGGGCUACUCUUUGGAGUUGAUGCCUCCCUCCUGGAAUCACCCGUGAUCGUCUGUGGCCUCCCCGAUGGCCAGCUCUGCUGUGUGGUCUUGAAGACCCUGGUCACCUCAAGGUUGUCCCCUGGUGACCCAAAGGCCCUCGUCAAGAUCCUCCAUCACCUGGAGGAACCCGUUGUUUUCAUUGGGGCCUUGAAGACCGAGUCAUCGGCUGAGGACACACACCCUGACUGCCUCGUGGCACUCGGUCACCACGGCCGGAUCCUGGCCAUUAGGGCCAGCUGGGCUGAGGUAGGGAACCUGGUGCCAGACCUGCGGGAGUGCAGGCUCCCAGGGCCCGUGCUCUGUGCGGCUUGUGGCGCAGGGGGCCGAGUGUACUAUAGCACCCCCUCAGAGCUAUGUGUCGUGGACCUGGCUGCGGGAGGCGCCCCCUGGAGGCCCGAGCAGCCCGACGGGGGCCCGGGAGGCCUGCCAUCUCCGCUGUGUCCCACCAGCUUAGGCAUCUGCAGUGUCGUCACCCUGUCUGUGUUGUCCGAGAUGCCUGAAGGGGGCGCCAGGCUCCUGGCCCUGUCCGCUGGGGGCCGCCUCAUGAUCUGCAGCCUGGCCCUGACCUCCGACGCGCCGUGUCCCGGCAGAGCCACCGUGGCCAACAGCGGCCAGAAGAUUAAGGAGCUGCUGUGUGACAUCGGCACUGUGUCUGAGAGGGUAUCUUCCCUGAAGAAGGCAGUCGACCAGCGGAACAAAACCCUGACAUGCCUCAACGAAGCCAUGAAUGUGAGCUGCAUCCUGCUGGCCAGCCGGGAGGGCCCCAGGCCCAUCUCCUGCACCACCAGCACGGCCUGGAGCCGCCUGCAGCUGCGGGAUGUGCUGACGGCCACCCUCCGGCUGCAGAACGACAGCGGCUUCCGUCUGGACCGGGGCUGGGCCUUGUGUGUGCAGGUGCUGACCAGCUCGCAAGCCCCAGACCCAGACGUGGCUGGCUCGGCCACCACCUACACCAUCCCCGUGGACCAGCUGGGCCCUGGCGAUCGGCGGGAAGUGACGCUGCCACUGGGCCCUGGUGAGGAUGGCGCCCUGGACCUGCCCGUGACGGUGUCUUGCGCGCUACACUACAGCCUCAGGGAGGUCGUGGGCGAGGCCCUGGCCCCUUCAGAGUCUUUCAAAGACUCCUGUUUGGAUGAGGGCCCCCCCGCCGUGCUGCCCGAGCAGGACGGCAUCUGCCUGCCCCUGAGCGAGCACACCGUGGACUUGCUGCAGUGCCUGCGCUUCCCUGGCCUGGCUGCACCCCACACGCAGGCUGCCAGCCUACUGGGCCCCGCUUGCGACCCUGUGGACACCUUCUUGGGAGCUCUCCUCGGGCCGCACGGUGAGCCAGCGGAACCUGCUUCCCUGUGGGCCAAGUUCCUGCCCCCGUCGGUGGCUACGAUCAAGGUGUCAGCAGAGCUGCUGAGGGCCGCCUUGGGGCCCAGUCACUCAGCCACGUCCCUGUGCUGUGCCACCCUGCAGUGGCUCCUCGCCGAGAACACCGCGCUGGAGGCCGUGAGGACCCGACCACUGUCCUCCAUCCAGGGAGUGGCCCCAGAUGGCACCGAGGUCCACCUCACCAUCCGAGAGGCAAGCAGGGGUGACCGUGACCCAGGUGUGUGCAGCAGGGCCCUUGCAGGCCGUAGAGAUCCAAGUGGAGAGCUCCUCUUUGGCCACCCUGUGCAAGGCUCACCACGCUGUCAUUGGGCGUCUGCAGAGGAUGGUUGUGCAGCAGGCUGCCCAGAGCUGCAGCCCGCCUGACAUCCGUGUGCAGUAUCUCCGCCAGAUCCACGCCAACCACGAGGCGCUGCUGCAGGAGGUGCAGACCCUUCGGGACCGGCUGUGCACAGAGGACGAAGCCAGCUCCUGCACCACUGCCGAGAAGCUCCUGCAAGUGUACAGGCAGCUGCGGAGUCCCAGCCUCCUCCUGGUGUGAUGCCUGCAGGGCCUGUCCGUCCCACCACGGUGCCCACGUGGUCUUGGGGAGGAAAGCCCAGGACAUGAGCGGCUGCUGCCCGGCUCCUGACCCUGGUGUCGCCGUGGGGAGUGGGGGAGGCAGCUGAGCUUGGCCGCCGCACAGGACAAGGGCACCGGCCGCACGUGGGUUACAGGCGCUCAGGGAGGUGUCCACGCGGGCACGGGGCCCUGCCCUCGCUCCCCACCCAGUCCGCCCGCAUCAUUCCUCUUCUUUCAGCACCUGCCCACGGCUCCCCACUGAACCUGGUCAUGGCACUGGAGCCCUGGGGUGGCUCAGCGACACCCCUCCAUCCAGAUGUCAGGCCCUGGAGACGGGGCUGGGGCCACAGAACAUGUCGGUGUGGGACUUGGGGUGGGUUCAUUUCUGUGGCCGGGGCCGUUCCUACCACUCUGGCCCCCACUCACCCGCGCACACACCGUCUUGCCCCCACCCCUCCGGGACCUCAGCCCUGCCCCUGUGCAGCUGCCAAGGUCACCAGCUGGGACCACGUUCCCCCGUGGCUUGAGCACAUCACACAGGUGCCUCCGGCCGGGGCUGCACCCGCGCCUUGCACUGUGCGCGGUAUCCAGGGCCCCUCAGCCUGGGCUGUGGCUCCACUCUGGUGCUGGUGCUUUUAGCAUCUGGGGGGGUGACCCUCCUUUUGGACUUAGACAUGGACAUGGUGCUCUCCUGUGCGUGCGGGAGCCGCGAGGCACCCCCUGCCCCAGGACAAGUCUGUUCUUCGUGUUGAACUCA